AUGGCUGCUGGCACUUUACUCGACAGCCUGAAGUUUGCCCACUUCACCCAUGACCAGGAUGAAGCUGGUGGCGCGGCUACCGAAGGCCGCAAUGGUGUGCCUCGCUACAAUGGCGAUGCAUCACGCUUGAAUGAAUGGACUUUCCGAGUUCGGAUGCUUGCCCAGAAGGAGAAGACGAUGAGCGAUAGUGAAGCAAAGAAACUGGGCAGCCUCCCUUUGAGACUGGUGGAAGGACUGAGCGGACAAGCCCUGAAGAUAGCCCAGCAGCUGGAUGUGAGCAAGUUGGAUACGACAGACGGAACCGACUACCUCAUCGAGAAGAUCUCUUCGGAACUCCGACCUCGCCGUAUGCAACAAGCUCGGGAACUCUAUGAGGCUGGAGCUCAGCAGGGCGGAAUGUUGUCCCGCCAACAUGGCGAAAGUAUGUCUCAGUACAUACUUCGGCGGAAAGCUUGGUACAGGGCGAUGACGGAUCUCAGCAGUGACCUCAAGCUGCCCGACAUCGUCUUGAGUGAGCAGCUCCUCUUGAACUCCGGCCUGAAUGAUGAUCAGAAGCUGAUGAUAAGAACAGUGUGCGGAGACAAGAUGAGCUUCGACAAGAUCGCCGAGGAGCUGGUGAACCAACACCCCCGCAUCCACGAGAAGAACAACUACCAGCCGCAUCACUUCCGGCGGCCCGACUUCCGAGGUUUCGCCAGGACCUCUCCUUCCACCAAAGGACACAGCAAGGGAUACAAGCAGAAGCCGAGGUACUACAACGCCUUCCAUGCGGACGGCCAGGACGAGGAGAACUACUACCCGGAGACGAACGACGACCAGCACUACCUCGACGCCUCGGACUUCCUCAACGAAGAGACAGACGGCAACAUCGAGAACACCGUCUACUUCUCCGAUGCAGAGAUCGGAACCUAUGCCGAGGAGCAUUUGGCUUACUUGGCGGAUGGUGGACUGGACAUGGAGGAUCCGGAAGCAUGUGAGUUUGCUUCGGAUCUCAUCCAGUCCGAGCAAGACGCGUACUUUGCCCGAAAAGGAGCACAGCAGAAAGGGCACGGAGGUUUUGCGAAGAACAAUGCGCCCCCUUUCGAGAUCAGUGGAUCUAUCAGUCAUGACGACAAACGGGCGCGCCUUCGGGCGCUGAAAGCGCGGACCACCUGCAAGCGAUGCGGAGCAGUGGGACACUGGUCGGGCGACUAUGAAUGCCCGCUGUCAAAGGGCAAGAGCAAGAAAGAACGGUCUACUUUUCCAUCUGAGACCACAGCCAGCCACCCGACAGCGAACCUGGCCUAUCGACGUGAACAAGCUGCAGCCCUUCAGAAUACCCCGCCACAGGCCCGCCAAGACUGGUCGAUCGCCCCCUCUAUGCGAGCAGUACCUCCUCCAGCAGCUCUGUUGGAGGGACAGGUCAUCACCACGAACAACCACGAGGACCUCAAUGACAACUGGAGUGUGGUGAUCCCCUCGUCGACCGAAGGAUCCCCGGAGCAUGGACAAUGGUUGCCUAUGGAAACGGAUGAUCCGGAGAUGCAGGAAAUCAUGGAUGCUUUGGCCAUGGAUUCUCUAGCACCGGAACCAGCCCGUGAAGUGCAAAGACUGUGGUUUUGUGAUAUCCCGCACUCGCCGGGACCAAGCACGGCCGGCAACCACUACGACCUCUCCUGCGACUACAACGUGCCCUCACCACUGGACAACCUGGAGAGGUUCGAGAUCACGGCAGGAUUGGCCGGACCAUCGGACCCAUCUCGAGAUCUACGACAAGCACAAGGAUCCCACUCAGUGAACACCCGCUACUUCGACGACAGCCUGCCGAUCCCCUUGGAUCGUAUCCCGACAAUCCUCCACACCUUCCAGGAGAUUGUCACUCGAAGAGUACAAGAACUGACAGAAGGCACGGAGGUGCCGUCACAACGUCUCCACGAAGCUCUGGACCUCUCCAUAGCUACCGGAACGGCAUGGACGACAUCGCCUACGACACCUCCGAGGACAUCGCCUACGACACCUCCGAGGACCACGACCUCUACUACCCGCUCUUAUGGAAGUGAGAGGCACUAUGGCGAGCCGGAGCACCACAGGAACCUCAAGGCCAGAGGACAAAAGGUCGUGGAAAUGGGACGUUACAAGCACGGGAAGUACGAGGACGCCUACGCAGACACCGCCUACCGCGCAUGGGUGCUGGAGAAUAUUGGAACCACCAGUGCUUCCGGAAUGAAGGCCUUGAAGAACUACUUCGAAGAGCGAAUGAGCUACGAACGGCAGCCGGAUUCCGUAGCUCUCAUGGCCUACCACGAGAACUCCGACCACAUCGAGGAGCACGAUCUCAUCGCCAUCUUGGACACGGGAUGUAACCAAACAUGCCACGGCGACAGAUGGCUUGAGCGCUACAUCAAGGCCACCAAGCAAACGAUGCCCGAAGCCGACACCACCUCUGAGGUUCGCAUCCGUGGCAUCGGUGGCCACAUCAGGACGGCUGGCUCUCGAAAGCUACCCCUGAUCCUCGAGCUGGUCAAUGGGGGACUAGCGCAAGGAGACCUCACCAGUACGGAAUUGGUGGACUCGGAUGCCCCUCUCUUGAUCUCAGUGCAAGCUCAAAGAUCACUGGGUCUCAUCAUCGACAUUGCCGGCGAAGUGGUGCACUCUCAAGCACUCGGACACGACCUCAAGUUGGCCUACAAGGACGGACUUCGAGAAUACCACAAGAAGGACUCCAGCGAAGACGAGGAGAUGAUCCCGGCGCAGGAUGACAAGGCCCGGGAACCCGACACCGAUGUCGCCUACUACACCUUCGACGCGGAGAAGGCCAAGGUCAUGAACAAGACACAGCACGCCCGAGUACGAGAAGGAGUGGAAGGUGUCAAGUCAAAGGAUCGUCACCUGUGGAACCAGGUCAAGCCGAACAAGGCCCGCCGCAACUAUGAGUUGCCCAGAGGAUGCAAAACCUUCAUCCUCGAAGUGUUUGCCGGGGCAGCCAUGCUUACACAAAUGGCCCUCCACGAGUGGUCCAUGCCGGUUACUCCCCCGGUGGACCUGAACACUGGCUUCGACCUCCUUACGAAACAGGGGCGAGACGAGGUCGACCGCAUCAUCGAGCGCGACGACCCCUUCGCCAUCACCUUUGCGCCAGUGUGUACGCCAUGGACCUCUUGGACCAACAUAGCCACCGGCGAGACCAAGUGCAAGAUCAUGGCGGAACGCAAGAGAUGGCAGCCCACUCUGGCUUGGAUGUACGAUGUGGCAAGGUCACGCUUGGCCAAAGGCCGCCACGUGAUUAUCGAGAACCCUUGGAACUCUGCCAUGUGGGACUGCUCCCACUCCCGCAGGUUCUUCCGUGGGUUUCCCCGCGACCAGGCCACCUUGGAGCCCAUGGAAUGUGUCAAGAUUGAUCAGUGCAUGCUUGGCCUCAAAGACGAGAUCAAUCACCUUCCUCACCUCAAACCGACCGGGAUUCUCACGGCUUCCAGUGAAGUCAAGAAGCGUCUUUCUUUGGCCAAGUGCGAUGGAAUGCAUCUGCACCAGCAACUCGACACCAAGAAACGCUGCGUUGGUGCACAGGCUUGGCCAAGAGACCUGUGCUCUAACCCCAUCCAAGGCUUGAUGGCCGAGCUCGACUACCUCCUCACCAUGGUGGCUUUUCCGGCGGAAGCCGCUACUGAGCUGGAGAUCUCCUCCGAUGACGAAGGCGAGGAACGCACCUACUUGGACGGCAUCCUCACGGCCGACGACGAAGCCACAGCUGCAGAGCCGGACUACGCAGAAAAGAAAAAACAAGAAGAGUGGGAGAUUGUCUAUGACGAAGGCGAGACCCCGGCACCACCGCAGCCCAUUGGCGAUCUUCCCCAACGGCGACAACAACAAUGGCGACAGCUCCCGUACAACACCCGAGUCGCUCUACGUCGAUUUCACCACAUGACCGGCCAUGCACCUCCCUCAGCGAUGCAGCGACUACUAAGGACAGCAGGAGCAGAUCAACAAGCCAUCCGAGGCUUGGAAAACUUCCGAUGCGCCACCUGUGAAGCCAAGAAACUUCCGGACAAGGCCUCUCCUGUCAAAAUGCCAGAAGAGUACAAGUUCAACAAGGCCGUAUCGUUGGAUGUUUUCAUCGUCAAGGACUCCUUGAACAAGAAGUACAAGGUGAUGUCCCUUGUGGAUCUGGGAACACUCUUCCAUGCUGCUGUGAUCGUCGGCGAAGGAGGAGGACCGCCGAGCUCAUCGGACAUGGCAAGGGCAAUGCAGAUGGUCUGGCUCUCUUGGGCUGGACCACCAGAAUCCAUUGUCUUGGAUCGAGGACUCGAGAAUCGAGGACAACUACAGAAGCUGAUGACCGCCCACGGCGUGCUCCUGCGGUACAUUGGGGUAGAAAGCCCCUUCCAGCUCGGCAGGGGAGAAAGACAUGGCGGAAUCCUCAAGGAAGUGAUCAAGGCCCUGGUCACCUCUCGCCAACUACGAGGACGUCAAAACAUGGAAUUCGCCGUGACCGAGUCCGUGGGCAUCAAGAACCACCGAGUAAACCACAAUGGCUUUUCUCCCAGCCAAUGGGUGCUGGGGAGGAACCCACCGGACUUAGAGUCUCUUACUACCCUGAUGCCGGAGGCCAAGCUCGGCAUCCAUCAGGAAAUUCUCGAUGGAGAGACCAGCUUUGCCCAGCAGAUGAUGAUACGUGGAGCGGCCAAGGAAGCGUUCUCUCAAGUGGACAGCUCCCAACGCAUUCGAGCUGCCAUGCUUCGCAAAAGCACUCCAGGACGAGGUCCUUUCCACAUGGGCGAUUUGGUUUGUUUUCAUAGACGUCAAGGUGGCAAGGCUGGCUGGAAAUGGUUCGGCCCCGCCAGAGUCAUCGGGCAAGAAGGUCGAGGAACUUUAUGGAUAUGCCACGGCGGUAUACCAAUGACAGUGUCUGCGGAACAAUGCCGACAUGCCACCGGAAAUGAGAUGAUGUCCAAGCGGAUGCUGGAGCUACGACCGUCACGGAAAAGGCGGAGAGAAGACAUGGCCGCCGACGAGGACGCCGGCAAGUUCGAGAACGACGACCCCUUCCUGGACGAUUUGAUUGGAGUAGGAAGUGUGGCCGAGAAUCAGCAACAAGGAUUCUUCGACCUCCAUGACCACCCGAGCGACUACUCACCUUCGAUGCCACCGGAGGCAGGGACGGAUGGACAGGAGAUACAUGGACUUUAUCCACCACCACCUGGACUCUUACCUGGACCACCAAACGCCAUCGUGAACGAGACUACUCAGCCGGAUGAUCUCUCUGCAUCAAACCAGAUUGAUACAGAUGGGCAGGAGAUACCUGGACUUCAAGCACCACCACCUGGACUCUUACCUGGCCCCAGCCAUAGUAUCUUGCCGCCAGAUGGAGGUCACCCACCGGCAAUGCCGGAUGUACCAGACAGCAGUGUGGGGUCCCCAACGAUGUCCAUUGGAGAACCGGAGCAGGAGAUCGUUCCUCAGAGCCGUGAACAGAGUGGCCAACCUGAUCUACUACGUCCCGCAGCGCAAGGGAUCACACAGCGACCAGCACAGGACCCUCCGGAUCAGCGCACUCUACAGCAAGCAUUGCGCAUAUCCCCAGAUGCUCUUGAUGGGCUCUCACGCAACCGCUACAGAUCGAGAUCGCCACCACGGGCAAUGAUGACCGUUGCUGAGCAGCCGGAGGCUGGGAAAUGCAUCAAUGGAUUUCUCGCCAGACGAGUCAACAAGAAGAGUGCUGCAGCCCGGGCGAAAGAGUUGAACUUCAAGCGUUCUACAGGUGCCGAGCUCGAGGGCAUCCAAGAAGCGAGGACGAAAGAGUGGAACAACUGGCAGGGCUUUGACGCAGUUGACAUCAUCUCUCCCGAGCAGGUGCCAGACGUCAUGAAGGAGUUUCCGGAUGCUGAGAUUACGCCGACAAGAUGGGUGGAUGUCAACAAGGCACAGCCAUGGGAGCCCCCCAAGUACAAGUCCCGCAUCGUAGUGCGAGGAGACCUCGAGAGCGGCGCCUCUACACGUACGGAUUCGCCAACUUGCUCAUCCACUAUGUUGGGCCUGCUGCUAUCCUUCACGGCGAAUCGGGGAGCUCGGCUGCGGGGAGGUGACAUUACGGCAUCCUUCUUACAAGGAGAGAAGUUGGUUCGAGUACUACUUCUUCGUCCACCUCCCGGCGGACUUCCUGGAGUUCCUGAAGGGUCUCUACUACGAGCAUUGAAGCCCGUCUACGGCACACGGGAUGCGCCUCGCGGUUUCUUCAAGCGCCUCCACAACGUUGCCAUCAAGCUGGGACUCCGAGCUCUACCUCACGAGCAUGCGGCAUAUGUGCUUCAAGAUGCCGAUGGAGUACAAGGAAUGAUGGUGGCUCAUGUGGAUGACCUGUUGUGGUCAGGCACUGAAAAGAUGGAUGCUAUCAUGGAGGCCAUCACCAAGGAGUUCAAAUUCGGCAGCCUGGAGUUCGGCAGCAAGUUUGACUACUGCGGCCGGACGAUAUCGCAAGAAAGCGGUGGGAUACGAAUCACGUGUCCUAAUCAUGCAUCUAAAGUGCGACCUAUCUACAUGGAUCCGUGGAGGAGAAGGCAGAAGGACUCGCACAUCACCGAACCCGAAAGGGAACAGUUGAGGAGCGUGGUUGGAAGCUUGAGUUGGAUGGUCCGAGUUUGCAGGGUAGAUGUGGCCUAUGAGGUCAACUACCUGCAGGCAAUGAUGCAGAAGGCUGUGGUCGGAGACCUCAUAGCCUGCAACAAUCUGCUCUCCUACAUCAAAAGGACUCCGGAACGAGGCCUCUUCUACGAGUACAACGCCUUCAAGGAGUCCGAGCAGGUGAUCUACAGCAUCACGGACGCCUCGCACGCCGCGGAUUUCGACGUCUCCGUCAACGGCAUCCCUCUCGGCAGUCGCUCCCAGUCAGGGCGGAUCUUGGCAUUGGGAUCCCGAUCUCUCUUGGAUACCGGCAAGGGGACUCUACACAUCAUCGAGUACCACUCCAAUGUCCUGAAGAGAGUCUGCCGAAGCACUCUCCAAGCGGAGACACUGAGCCUGAUCUCAGGCUACGAGGAAGCGGAGCAUCUUCGAGCCCUACUGUGGGGUGUUACUCACGACUACCACAGCCCCAACCUCAUCGAGGCGAUGGACAACACCCUGUUGGUGAUGAUGACGGACUGCAAGAGUCUGGAGCAACAUCUUCGUCAACCCGGACUAAGCACAGUGGCCGACAAGCGAUUGGCGAUAGAUCUCAGUGCCAUGAGGCAGCUGAUUUGGCGGCGGAAGGGAGAACUUACGGGUGAUCCUCUACUCACCGAUGAACCUCCUGACGACGCUACUACCCUCGUGAAGUGGAUAGACACCGCCACCAUGCUAGCCGAUGGCCUCACUAAGAAGAUGCGCAACCUCCAGAUCGACAAGGCUAUGCUGAAGGGCACGGUAGAGGUAAGCUACGUAAAGUUGGGCAACAGCAAAGCUGAGGCCAAAGAAAAGACAGGGAUGUGA